AUGCUUCAGGAAAGCAGAGCGCAGGCGGCAUCUCUCCUCGAGUCCCCCUUCCGCCCCUUGGCAUCGCACGACGUCGUGCUGGGGCAUCGCAAAGCAGUCCCAAGUCCUCUGCCUCCAUCUGGCACCACUCGAGUCGCAUACCACGAAGAGCCUCGCUCGCCGCGCGAGAAGCUCGACGCACUCCUAGCAGAGGAAGAACACCAUCAUCGUCCGCCGCCCACGCCGCCCAACUUCGCCGCCUCCGCCAGUGCCUUCACCCAGCCGACACGGCCGUCUGCGUAUGCUGCCCAGCUACGGCACACUUCGUCGCCCACCCUGUCGUCGUCGGCUGGCCGCCUCUCCCCGCCAGCCUCGCCCGUCGCCAUGCCUCCCCCCUCGCGGCCCCACCGUCCAGAGACGCGACCCGCGGCGCCUGUCCGCAACGCCUCGAUAGACUCGGCAGCUUCGUCGCUGUCGUCGAGUGCCUCGCAGCACCGCGCCCCGGCUGGCCAUGCCUACAGGCCCUCGCAAGACACCAGCACCGCCAACCCCCCCGACAUGGACCGUCUCAUAGCAGCUGCAGGCUCUCCAGAGGCUGCUCUACUAGCGCUAUGGAAGGAGAAGCAGAGCACGGCCAGUCACAACGCACAGCUCUGGCGCCUGGUCGAGAAGCAGCGCUCCAUGAUCAUCGGCCUGCAAAAGGACCUCGAGCGCGCCCUCAAAGACAAGGACCGUUACCGCAAGAAAGUAAAGGACUUCGCCGACCAGGUGCCACCAGUGCCUGGUGCACUGCACACGUCCGACACCUUCACCUCUGUUGUGGAACGCGAUUCCAGCCAGUCUCCGGCCCUCAGCGAGAGACCUGAGGAACACGCCAAGGGCACCGACCCCAGGUCCACCGAGCACAAGUCCUCUCCGCUGACACAAGAGCACCAUGCACCGCAUUUGAUACCAGACUCACAGCUGCAACAGUCGCCCUCGCAUUCCUCAGACGCCUACACUGCAUCGAACCCUGCGUCCGCAUCGAGUUUCAAUUCUCCAACAGACUAUUCUGUCCAGCCCCUUCACAUUGGCGGCAGAGGGCUCGGUCUUGACACUACGUUGCUAGAGAACGGCCGCGCUGCGCAGACCCCAGAGAAGCCAGACACCCCAGCACAACGACCAUCUGGUACCACGCCGGCAUCUAGCGAAGCGCAACUCCAGCCCCCACAAAUCUCCCUCAUACAAGCAACCCCUGUCAUUGGCGGAGAGGGAUUCGAAUCACCACCACGGAAGCCAGUGCAACCACUGCGGAAAGCCCCGCCCACGCCCCUCAAUCUCUCCAAGCCCGUCACGACCAGUGCCCAUCUUCACCAGGCUGUCCAUGGGAACGACGAGGAUUCGGAUUACGAUGACACUCUGGAGGUCGAUGAGAUACCCAUCGUGGAGCAGCGGGGCAGGAGAAAGACCCGUGAAGAAGAUGACCGUGUCCGCGAGGCCAUGUAUUCAGUGGACGAGGCCCCUCGAAGCAAGUCCAAGAAGAAGAAGAGCGAAAGCAAGAGCAAGCAAACCACACCCUCUGCCGAAGCGCCGGUAAACGAGGAAGCUGCAGCAGUCCCCCUGUCGCCACGCUUAUUCAAUCCUCUGCAGGCCGGGCUACCACUUUCUCCCCGCCAUCCGCCAGCGAGCUCACUAAAUGCCCUGCUCAGUCCAACAAACUCAGACAGUUCAAUGGUGGUCAACCGGAGCGUAGCAUCCAUCGCAUCGCCUCUGAUGAGUCCCGGUCUUCCCUCCAGUCCGCGCCCUGGGGAUCGACCAUUGAGGUCGCCGUUGCCAAGGCACCCAAAACAAACGAUAGCAUCCCCGCCCUUGUCGCCGAGUGCCAUAGUUCAUCCACCGCGCACGUUUCAACAACCGGUCCCAUUACUGCCCAACACACCUCAGUCGGACCAGUCAACUCCAGCUGCACAGACUCAGAGGGUUGCCCAACCCAGCGGCAAUCCGUCAUCAAAUCUUCUAGCGGUGCCCAACGCGCAACCCAGUCCAGACUCUGACUCGAGCACCUUGUACGAGGCUUCCGAUGCAGAGCAUGUUUAUCGGGGCCUUGUCUCCGACCAGUAUCCCGGACUUUUGCUUCCUCCCAAUGCGCUGCCUUCUAUCGAGGUAAAGGUCUUUUCGUCUCGUCUUCGUCCGUCUCGCCUGAGCUUCCUAGCCCCAAGACCACAAGAAGAAGACCCGGUUUUUAUUCUUGCAGUCUAUGCCCGCUCGGACAAUAAGCAGUUAUGGCGUGUUGAAAAGACCAUUGCUACGCUGCCUACCCUUGACUCUCAGCUCCGAUCGUUGUGCGACUUCCAAGGCAGACUGCCUGACCGAGCCCUGUUUGGUGGCCAUGCGCCUGCUAAAAUAGACGCUCGAAGAGUUGCGCUCAAUCAGUACUUCGACACUAUCUUGGAAACACCCAUGACCGAAAAGACCGCCUUGAUCGUCUGCGACUAUCUCUCCAUGGACGUGAUUGGUGCACAAGCUGGCGAUCGGCUAGCCCCAGAGCCCGCCGCGGGCCCAGUUGUGGCUGCACCAAAGACUCGGCAGCGGAAAGAGGGCUAUCUCACCAAACGCGGCAAGAACUUUGGUGGCUGGAAGGCUCGCUUCUUUGUCCUUGACGGCCCUGAGUUCAGAUACUACGAGUCAGAAGGCGGUGCGCACCUGGGAACCAUCAAGCUGCAAAGUGCUCAGAUCGGCAAACAGUCACAGCAGCAGUCUAAUCAGUCACCGCAGCGACGUGACGAUUCAGAAGACAACCAGUACCGUCAUGCUUUUCUGAUUCUAGAACCGAAACGAAAGGAUUCAACCAGUUUGGUGCGCCACGUGCUUUGCGCAGAGAACGACGAGGAGCGAGAUGCCUGGGUCGAGGCGCUCCUGCAACACGUGGACUACCCAGAGGAUCCCUCACCUAUGGAGGUUCCAGCCCCUACUACGGCGCGUCUACAGAAGCAGCAACCUAGUCAAGACUCAGCUCGUUCCCAGAGGAAAGAAAGCCCAGAUCUAGAGAGGCCAGAUCGACUACAGGGUCUCAGCUACGACGAUACGGUAGCAGCAGAAGCUCCUAUGCGCGGUCCAAAUCAUCGAGAUGGUAUGGCAGCCAAACCAUCGCGAGGGUCCCCAAAGAUGUCAUCGUUCUCUCAAGACAAUCUCGGUCACUAUCCCUCCAUCUCCGGUCCGAGCAACGGAACCCCGAUCAAGGAUGUAGGGAACUGGGGUAACAAGUUAACGCCCGGACCAACAGCUAUCAAAGAUAAGAAGCGCAGUAUCUUUGGCUUCAGGGCCCGCGGCUCGUCAGACCUUGCACCUAUCCAAAUAGGCAACCCGCUACAAACGGCCGUGGAACAGCGGACGAUGCCGGCGAACCGCAGCAUCUUUGGUAUCCCUCUUCAAGAAGCUGUUGAAUUCACUCAACCUGCAGGCGUCACCGUCGAGCUACCAGCUGUGGUCUACCGAUGCUUGGAGUACCUCAGAGAAAAACAAGCGACGAGUGAAGAAGGCAUCUUUAGGCUUAGUGGGUCGAACAUCGUCAUCAAAGGCUUGCGUGAUCGAUUCAACACGGAGGGCGACAUUAGGCUUCUAGAGGGGCAGUAUUACGACGUCCAUGCUGUUGCUUCGCUCUUGAAGUUGUAUCUGCGAGAGCUUCCCGCAUCGAUCCUAACCCGAGAACUGCAUUUGGACUUUCUCAAGGUUCUCGAUAUGGAUGAGCGUGGCAAGAAGAUUCAGACGUUCAACGUCCUUGUGCAUAAGCUACCUACGGUCAAUUUCGAACUACUCCGCCACCUCUCUUCAUUCUUGAUUGAGAUUGUCGAAAACUCUGGAGUGAACAAGAUGACUGUCCGAAAUGUCGGCAUUGUCUUUGCUCCCACUCUGAACAUUCCCGCCCCACUGAUAUCCUUCUUCCUCACAGACUACGCGGACAUUUUCGGCACCGCACUCGACGAAGCAAGCUCUCCGAUCCACGAAAUUCGGAAUAAUGCAUCCAAUCUAGGAGAUGAUGCCAUUCGAUCCCCUCGACGGCAGAUGUUCUCUGAUCUUCCUACGCCUGCGUACAACGAGACCACCUUUCAGCAACGUUUUGACCGGCAACCACCAAAUUUCCAAGCAAGCGCUACUCCAAGCUACCCACCGCCACAACCUCCACAGCAACAACAACAGCAGCAGCAACAAGCUCAAUACAGCGGCUACGAGUCCGGCUUUAUUCCUAUUCGCCCCAUUUACGAAACCCCGGCUUAUGAGCAACCAUAUCAAGGAGAAGGAUAUGGUAGUCUUAACGGUGCUAUUCAAACCGGUACCGCCAGAGAACAACGCCAGCGACGACGAGAGUCGGGCAUGCUUCUGAUGAACAUGGGCAUGGGCGCUCCGCGAAAGGGCUCAAACGGCUCCAACCCCCCGGCGAACCCUCGCAUGGAACCGCGCGCGACCAAUCUAAUGGUGCAAGAAGAGACUGCCUUUGACUAG